GGCGAUGCAAUCACGGUUUCAUACGUCGGCAAGCUAGGCAACGGCUACGAAUUCGACCGCUCCAAGUCGUUCACGUUUGUUUUGGGCGCCGGCGAGGUCAUCAAAGGUUGGGACCAAGGACUCGAAGGAAUGCUUCUAGGGGGACGGCGAACACUAGUUGUGCCCAGUAAAUUCGGCUACGGCAAACGAGGAUGUGCUCCCGAUAUUCCGGGUGGGGCAACCUUGCACUUUACCGUCUUUUUGAAGAAAGUGCAAAAGCACAAAGACUGA